CGUGCUGCUGGUGCUGACGGUGCUGGGCAACGCGGUGGUGCUGCUGGCGCUGUACGCGCGGCGGCGCUGUGGCGGUCGCCGCAAGCUGUCGCGCAUGUUCUACUUCAUCCUGCACCUCAGCGUGGCCGACAUGGUGACCGCCUUCUUCAGCGUGCUGCCGCAGCUCGUCUGGAAGGUGACGUUCCGGUUCCAGGGCGGCAACGUGCUCUGCAAGGUGGUCAAGUUCGGGCAGCCGCUCGGCGUGUACCUCAGCUCCUACGUGCUGACCGCCACGGCGCUGGACCGCUACCGCGCCAUCUGCCACCCGCUCACCUACUGCUCCUGGUCGUCGCGCCGCGCCAAGAUGAUGGUGUACGUGGCCUGGGGCGUGGCCGUCUGCUUCUCGGCGCCGCAGGCCUUCAUCUUCUCCCUGAGGCAGCUGGGCCCCGACGAGUCGGACUGCUGGGCGGACUUCCACCCGGACUGGGGCGUGCGCUCGUACGUCACCUGGUACGCGUGCUCGGUGUUCGUGGUGCCGCUGCUGGUGCUGUCCUUCACGUACUCCAGGAUCACCUGCGAGAUCUGGCGCUGCGCGUCGUCCCGGACGGCCCUCCCCGCCGUGCCCGCCGCGCCCGCCAGGCACGGCCAGCAGGGCAAGGCGGACACGCCGUGCCAACAGGCGCACGCCUAUGCCUACAGGUUCACGACGCGGCGGCAGGGCGUCAGGGCCAGGCCGGGCAGGACGACGGGCAGCUUCGUGGCGGUGCGGGUGCGGUCUGCCACCACGCGCACCAACCCGCUCAUCUCGCGCGCCAAGAUCAACACGGUGAAGCAGUCGGUGCUGGUCAUCAUGCUGUACAUCGUGUGCUCGGGGCCCUUCAUCUGCGCGCAGCUCUGGUCGGCCUGGACCUCGCCGGCCGAGGACGACUACCUCAGCGAGUCCAGCACACUGUACACCAUCCUGACGCUGCUCUUCAGCCUCAACAGCUGCGUCAACCCCUGGAUCUACCUGGCCUUCAACAAGGACCUCACGAGCACGCUGAGGAUGCUGGUGUCCUGCAAGGGCCCCGUGGCGGCCAGCAGCAUGCAGUCGUCGUGCUCCUCGCCGCCCAACGGCGCCGUGCCGCAGCUGGCCGCGCUGGGGCAGGAGCCCGGCAUGCAGGAGCCC